CGCGUUUGUCACCUUCCUUCACCACACGUUUGUCAGUCUGGGGCCACCGUAGCCCAUACAACAGCGGAGGGCGCAUCGUUCAAUGGCGGUGCCGGGAAGCGGCGGCUGAAGCUGGAAUGCUACGACCCGGGACGCCGGAGAUGGAAGGGAGCGGCGUGCACGCGCACUGCUCCGCGUGCGUCAGCCGCCGGUGCAAGACGCGCGCCGCGCCGGGCAUCGCGUGCGAGCUGCUGGCGUGCCCAGCCUCCUGCGGCGCCGUCUUCCACGCCUGCAAGAGCCAGGAGCACCGGCUGCUGUGCCCGCAGGAGCGUGUGCCGUGCCUCAACGCGGCCUACGGCUGUCCCUUGACCCUGGCGCGUCGCUCCGUGGGCUCGCACCUGCGCUCGUGCCCCGCCAGCGUGGUGUGCUGCACCAUGGAGUGGAACCGCUGGCCCGUCAGGGUGGGGGAGAACCAGCGGCGCCCGCACGAGACGCAGGGCGCGACGACGUCCGGCGACUCGACGGAGCAGCUGGACAUGGCGCUGGCGCAGAGGGACCAGCGCAUGCUGCUCGAGUCGCUCAAGGUGAUGACGCUCUUCCCGGAGCUGGCCUCUAAGGUGGCGCUCGUCGGAGACAGCAGCGACGACGACGUCUCGUCCGUGGCUUCGGGCUCCUCCUCCGCGACGCCAUCGCUCUUCCUGCCCCCCUCGGCCUCCGUGUCCGUCUCUCUGUCGGAUGGCGAGGCGGGCCCCGCCGGCGGGACACUGGAGAAGCUGUACCGCGCCAGCGUCGAGACGACGCGCAGCCUGGCCAAGGCCUACAGCAUCCUGGAGAGGGCCACGCGCGAGAUGGAGCGCAUGGGCCACGCGGCGGAACAGCCGGCGGCCGACGAGGCGCAGGCCAUCGCCGGGCCCAGCGGCCUGACGCCGCUUUCGCUCGCCGGCAAAGUUCCGCCGGCGGCGGGGACGGCGUCCGGAAUUCCGGCAGCUCGGGACUUGGUGGGGCUCGAAUCGAACGGCGCGGUGGGCGCGGCGGUCAACGGCGGUUCGGACGGGAUAAACGGCGAGGGGGCGUCAUCGCGGCGUUCUCGGAGAGGCGUUCCCGUGGUGGGUGGCGGCGACGGUGGUGAGGGUGGGGGGGCGCCGGCCGUUGUUCCCGCGCGCCGAGAAGGAGCGGAGGAGGCGCCGGCAGCAGCGGCGGCGUCUGCACGGGCGGCGCCCGACCGGCGGGAUUGCGCCGUGCCGCGUUCGCGAGCGCCCCUCAGCGUGGCGCGCUCCGAGGAGUCGCUCAGCAGCUGCGACUCGUACGUGGACGCGGUGGACGCGGUGGACGCGGUGGACGGGGCGGGCGCGGCGAACGCGGCGGGCGACACGUUUUUAGGCGUGGCGAAUUCGGUGGACUUGGUGAACGUGGUGGACGUGGCCGACGUGGCGGACAUAAUAGACUUCAUGGACACGGAGGACGCAACGGAGGCGUGCGACCCGGCAAAUGGGGCCUGGGCCGACGUCGACACAGCCUGCACGAACGGGAAAUCCGGGUCGCGCCGUUCGGUUCACAACGGCCUCGUCGGAUUCGCGCGCGCGAACGGGCCGACGCGAAGCGCCGCCUGGGACGGGAGCGCCGAUGCGGCCAGUUCCGCUUCGGCGGCGGCAUCGGCCGCGGCUUCCUUGCUGGGCGCCGCCUGCAGCGAGCUGCUCGAGAGAGUGGAGAGCCUCGAGCCGCGGGCCGAAGCGCCGGUGUCGUCGCGCCGCUGGGAGGGCGAGGACUCGGGCGAGCCGGGUGCCCUCGGGGCCUGCGUGAGCCGGCGGCAGCGCGAGGCGGCGCGGCUGCGUCUCCAGCUGCACGGGAGGAGACCGGCGUGGCGCGGCGACGCGGAGUCGCCGGCGCGCGCGCGAGUUCGCGACGGCGAGCUUGGCGCCGCCUACGCCAACGGCCACGCGGCCGGCCCCGGCAAUCGGACUGCGCCGUCUAACGGCGAGCCCGUCGACGGCCUCCACCAGCUGGGGGCACCGCCGAACGCGCCGGUUGCAGGUGGAGGAGAUGCGGCGGCGGCGGCGGCGGCGGCGGUGGUGGAGCAGUUCCCGCCCACGUGGGAGCGUGCCGUAUUCGCCCAGUGGCGGCCACGCGUCUUCAGCGAGACGGACGGGUCCGGAGUUUACGCGGCUCACACCGGAGAGCCGAGGCCGUUCCGGCCGCCCGACUCGUUCCGCCGGUGCUACCUCGGCGACCUGUACCGCUGGAAGCGGCGCAUGCAGGACAAGUCGGUGGACACGGGCGACCUGGCGAGGGAGCGGCGGGGCGGCGAUGACGGCGGCGUCGGGGAGGUGGGUCCGGGCAUCGACCUAGUGACAGCCGCCCUCCUCUUCUGCCUGGACGGGGAGUCGCCAUGCGGGCGCGGCGUGUCGGACCGGCGCGUCUCGCCCGACGGGGCCCGCACCGACACCGGCACGCAGACCUUCAGCCUCCCGUCGGCCGUGCUGGCCACGCGCACCAUGGUGGGCGAGAUGGCCUCGGCGCCGGCCUGCGACCACGCCAGCCCACAGCUCUCCAACCCGAGCCCCUUCCCGCGGCUGGGCCUGGACCUGGUGCUGGAGUGCGUGACGCGCUACCAGGCCAAGCCGCGCUCCAUGUUCACCUUCGUGUGCGGCCAGCUGUUCCGGCGCGACGAGUUCCCGCACCACUUCAAGAACGUCCACGGCGACAUCCACGCGGGCCUCAACGGCUGGCUGGAGCAGCGGUGCCCGCUGGCGCACUACGGCUGCCCCUACACGCAGCAACGGCUCUGCCCGUCGGCGCCCGGCGCCAAGGUGGUGCACAGCACGCGGCUCGGCUCGUUCGGCGUCCUUCCCUUUGUGCCGCCCGAGCACCGCGACUACGGACGGUCGGCGGCGCCGUCGCCGAUCGCGUCGUCGUCCGACGACGACGACGACAGGGCUCGCCCCGCGCCGGCGCUGGGCGACUCGGGGGAGCGCGACCGGCUGAGCCGGCUGCCCCUGGAGGUGCUGCAGCAGGUGGCGCGGCGGCUGGACGGGUACAGCCUGUGCCAGCUGUCGCUGGUAUCGCGCCUUCUGCGGGACGUCUGCAGCGGCGUGCUGCCCGAGAAGGGGAUGGUGACGCUGGUGUGGGAGCGCCGGCGCAGGCUCACCGGCGCCGGCGGCGGCGGCGGCGGUAGUUCUGCGUGGCGGGUCAAGCACAAGGUUCGUUGGUUGUUCGCUCGCUCGGCUUGUUCCUUUUGUGGCCCCGGGGGCUCGACCGCCAUCCUCACCCGCUGUCCCACGGUGCUCGCCAAACGGUGCCUGACGGUGGUCGGAGAUAGAGGGGGGCGGAAAGUAGCGGGGUUUUUUUUAUUAAAUAAAAAACGUCGUGCGCAAUUCCGCCGAUGCGCGAGCAUUCUCGUUCUCACAGUUUGGUUGUUUUUCCUUUCCGGCUGCAAGGAAUCUGAACGUCAUCGGCGACGGGGCGCGUUCGAUUACAACUUGGCUUUGAAAUGAAUCCGUUUGUGCGGCUCCGACGUGACGGAUUUUUUUGGGAUAACAAAAAAACAAAGACCGAACUGGACACGGAAAAUAAAGCACGAAAUAACAACGCCGUGUUUGGUUUUGAAACGAACGGGAAUACGAUUUGUGUUACAACCCGAGACUGCCUCGCCGAGAUGGGGUUCAGCGGGGAGUCACUGCGCGCACCGCUUGAUAAACACCGGUCCCCGCCGUGUCCCGUGACGGGACAUCUCGUGGGCUGGCGUUCCUGUAAUUGGAGGAGGGAACGACAGGGUCGGCAGUGCCGGCCAGCGUUCCUGCCGAGCUGUUUACAUCUGCGUUUUUUUUUCACGCGCUCUAAGAGAGCGUGGUGAAAGGAGGGCUGCAGGUGUGUGACGCAGUUUGUGGGUCAGUCGGGGUCCAGCGCUCGAGUAAGAUUGUAAAGGGGGGUGGCACUGGGGCGAGUCGAGGUGUGAGGAGAGUGGUCAGGACAGAUGAAGCUCAAAGAGCCAACUGUUUUGUUCCUGCACAGAGCACGCAGUUUGUUUUCCUGUGCAGUGUUGGAACUGUGAUAUCAGGCACCCCGGCGGAAUUUCUGUAUCAGGCCGGACUGCUGAUAAGUCUCAGAGAAGUCAUGUCUGGUCCAGAAUUUGCCUGCUUAAACACAUUUCGGUGGAAAGGAUUGGUCCUUAAGAUCGAUAGGGUGAUGGACAAGAAAUGUUACCGCUGCAUUGAGAAACAGGCUUUUGUCUCCGUUUAAUGACUUACAUAUUCAUUAACGGCCCUGUAAAUCUGCGAAGCGUCAAAAGUUUCGUUGUCUUGGUGGCGUUGACCCUCCCGUCCGUGUUUAUAACAACUUAUUUAUUAAACAGAGCCACGCUCGCAGGAAUAUUCUGCUCCGGCGUGGGGCCGGCACAUUUCUCAGGUGACGCUCAUUACCAAUUAACGAGCGGCAGAUUAUCCCCUCGUUACGUUUCAUCACCGUCGCCUCCCUCCGCGUGAUUAAUUAAUUGCCCUCCGCAGUUCGUCUGUGGUGGUGAGGACUCUUGUGGAUGAUAAUUGUCGCGAUUAGUCAUGUACCGGGCUGACUUUUCUCACUGAAUAUUUUCGUUCAGGUUGUUGGUAAGCCUCCAUUAGGAGGCACGUGACCAGUUGUAGCCACAGCCACGUAGCAACAUGUAUACUGGAUGUGGUGUGCCGGGCGAAGAAAUAUUUUCCAGAUCACGGACCUGGGCAGACCUGACUUAUAUUGAGUCUUACGCUCCUGAUAUAGCAACCAUGCAUAGAUUUUUUUUACCUUUUAUGAAAUGGUAAAAAUAUUGAUAUGAUAAUGUUAUGUUAUAUCAUAGCAUGCCGGACAAACCGAUGAAUAUAUUACUUUCCCCAUACUCAAUAUUAUCCUAAUUGCGCUGUCGGUAUCAAGGUUUGAGACAAAGAAUCCCUUCGGAGAGCUCGCACAACUUACAUUUUUUGGCAUACGAUCCACCAAAUGGGAUAUUACAGAGCUAGCACCGAGUCCGUGGGCCUCCCUAUCGUGAGUCUGUGGUACGUCGUAAGUAUAUCGGGGCGGGCGCGUGGAUUUUAACUCGGGCCCUCAGUGGUUGCAUGCCGCCCCGGCGCUCGUAACUUAUCUAGUACCCAGCUUCCUCUCGAAAACAAUGUUUCUGAGAGUCCACCGCUGUGGGCAGUGUGGAAAAAUUGCCCUCUCUUUGAUCACUUGGGAACCCUCAUCAGCCUCUGCUCAUGUGCUGGCUCGUUCCCCGUGCUGAAAGCUGCGAUGGCUGCGGGUCCUAGCGGUGGUUUUUCAUGCUCCGGUUACGGCGCUCACAUCUCGCCGCGACUGCCCGUCAUCAUAAUCGUCAUCAUAAUCGUCAUCAUAAUCGUCAUCAUAAUCGUCAUCACCACCGUCAUAAAAUAAUAUCGAGUUUUUAAAUCGUAGUCCCAUUUAUGCAACCGCAUCAGGCAGCGCUGUCCGCAAACACGGAGGCGCGUGUGUAUACAUUCAGAUCUGGCAGCCAAUUAAUGGGGGAAGAAACCGAACGGACCCAGGGACAACCCGCACGUGCGAGAGAGACUAACACUCUAUUCCAUGCAGUUGGGACAGAGAAGGAUUAGUCCACACUUUGCUAUACCCCUAUCUCCUGGCGAGCCAGGGCUUGGCUGCUCCACGGGGCCCACGGGGAAGGGUGCCUCCACAGUGCUGGAUCACAGGCCACGCGCGAAACCACCACCGCUCGGCCAUGUGUUGUUCAUGACGUGCAAACAACGACAACAACAACACCAGCAGCCUGUGUUAUUUUAGUUCCACAAUCAUGAAUGUUCCAGUUCUUAUUCUGUUCUGUGUGCAACAGUUUAGUUCAUCGCUGCACUCAAAAUGCAUUUGUCAUAUCGUCGGUAUCGGCUAUGCCCAAUCCACUGCUGGAUGAAGGCCUUCUGGAGUUCACAGGGUUCGAUUUAAUCUCCUCCACGUGGUUGUUUAAGCAACGCUGCAAGUUUCUUAAAUCCCCCCCCCCACCGCCAGCCGAUCAUUGCAGGUCACGCGCAGUGGGAUGGAGUGUCGGUUACGCCCCACGUCUUCCAGUAAAUCUGACCAGCGUGGAAGAGUCGACCAAAACCAAAAUAAAACGAAACUUUUUAUUUUACCAGGUAAG